CGUAGCCACGGUAGCACCCAAUCCAUUGCUAUGUCUUACCAGAGACACCAACUUGUGCGCUGAGCUCUGGAAAGAUGGGUUUUUCUCUCGAUACUCAUCACAUGAAUGAGCCACAGCAGCUGAGCCACGCCGAUUUAUAUUUACAACACUCCUUUCUUUAAAUGUCAAUGUGUGUACAAUAUCCGUGUUCACCUUGAGGCUUUUGUCGCGUACCUAGGGGCAUGGUUUCACAUUCCAGGCAGUGUCUCGUGAUGUCAGUGACGACUUCCUUCUUCGCUGUCGCUAUAAGAAGUCCUGGUUCAGCGUCUCUCUGAGCCACACAGUGAGCGAUCUCAGCGAAGCCUAUGAGUCAUGGCUAGCGCGACUCCCAGUGAGAGUGUGGAUAGUGAGAUGCGCUGCUCCAUCUGCCUGGACACGUUCGUCUGCCCCUCCACGCUCAGCUGUGGACACUCGUUUUGCCUCCGGUGCCUGGAGGCCGCCUGGAAGACAGCGAGCAGCUUCAGCUGCCCACAGUGCCGAGCGGCCUUCCCUGUGCGACCCCAGCUGAAGAGGAACGUGGCCCUCGACAACCUGGCAGAGCAGCUCAGAGUUGGAGACGCGAUGGCCACGGCUGUCGUGUGUGACAUCUGCAGUGAUGGCCAGACUCCUGCAGUGAAGACUUGCCUGAGAUGCGAGAUGUCAUACUGUUUUUCUCACUUUAGGCCUCACCUAGGGAAUCCCAGGUUGAGAGACCACGCUGUGGUGGAUCCCUCUGCGAGCUUGGACGAGAGAAGAUGCCCUAAUCACAGCAGGGAGCUGGAAUUCUACUGCACAGUAGACAGCAGCCUGGUCUGCUCUACCUGCACUAUCACAGGUGAACACGCAGGACACAAGGUCCUGACACUGAAGGACGAGCAUGAGACACGGAAGACACACGUACAAGAGGAGACGCGAGCGGUUGAGGAGAAGAGGAAGGAGGUGGAGGAGUCCGUGAAGCAGAUGGAGGCAGCUCGCAAGGAGGCGAAGCAGGAAUCGGUGGCCGGGAUCAGGGGUCGCAUCACGGGCAAUUUCACCCGCCUAAGGAAGGCUCUGGACGAGGACGAGAGGGAGGCUCUACGUCGCCUGGCCGUGAAGGAGCGCGAACUGCUGUCCCGGAUCGAGGAAGAAAUUGCUCGUCACGAGCAGGAGAUCAGCGAGCUCCAGGCGGCGGCCGCUCGCCUGCGCACUCUGCUGCACGAGAGGGACUCGCUCGCCUUCCUGCAGGGGCACCUGGAGGAGACGCGCAGGAGAGAGAUCCCAAAGGAAUCUGCACCCCCACCUCCCACUUCACUGGACGCCACCACGAUCCGGUCCCUUGAAAGGGCCAUGCACAGACUCCUGCCUCUCGUCUAUGGACGCUCACCAACUCUGGACACAAACUCAGCCCACGACGACCUCCAGAUUUCCUCGGACCUCAGGACGGUGACAUGGAGCGGUGUCCCCCAGGGUCGACACCAUCACCCACACCGCUUUGAGUACUGGCCACAAGCCCUGUGCUCUGAGAGCUUCUCGUCGGGUCAGCACUACUGGGAGGUGGACGUGGGGAGCGCGAGGCUGUGUCGGGUUGGAGUCGCGUACGGGACGAUCCCACGGAGAGGGAGUGGUAGUGAAUGUGUCCUGGGAGUGAGUUACGUCUCCUGGUGUCUCCAGAAAGAUGGCAACAGCUUCUCAGUGAUGCAUGGUGGGGUAGCGACCUCACUGUCGGUGCCGGAGCCUUUUCUGAGAGUUGGGGUUCAUCUGGACUGGGACGCGGGGCUGCUGUCGUUUUACAGCGCCGACUCCAUGGCGCCGUUGCACUCAUUUCACCAAACCUUCACUCAAUCCCUACAUCCUGGGCUGGCAGUGUGGGAUGACUCAGUGAGGAUCGUGGAUCUGAGUGGUGCGUCCUGAGAGAUGUGAACGUGAACAGGGCAGACGCCACGACGCACGGCGCUCGCCACCCUCGUCACCGUCACACGCAGUGCCACGCCCGUGACUGGCUGGUGGCUCUCCAUCACAACGGAGGGGGGGGGGGCGUAAACAACCAUAGGGGUUGGGGGGGAUAGAUAUUGCUCUGUGUAUGUGUGAAGCUAACAUGGAUGUAUUCACCCUGGCAGAGGAGUGCGACUAUAGUGUAGGAGUGCAGUGAUUAGUAAUGGUGAACUGGGAUGUGUUUGUCCAUAGGUGGUGUCAUGCAUUGUGGGAGCGAUACAGUAAUAAUAUUAAUUUAAAAAAGUAAAAAUGUACACGUACGACAUUGGCGUUGUAACUCUUGUAUAGUCGAUUAUACAAU